UCGAAAGUUCCAGAAGACACGAGACGUGCCGUUGAUAUAUAUGAAUCUGCGCAAUUGCGCUAAAUUUCCAGUUCAUAGUGAGACGUGAAAGACUUUAUACAAAGUUUUACUAUUAAACUUUUCAUUAAAUUUUAAUUUCUAGUUUGUUAUUCAUCUGUACUGAUAAUAAUAUCAAUAUCAGAGAAUUGAUUAACAUCUAUUGACAAAGAAUAACUCAAAAUGGGUAAAGAUUAUUACAAGAUCUUAGGCAUCAACAAAGGUGCAAAUGAUGAUGAAAUAAAAAAGGCGUACAGAAAACUUGCUCUUAAAUACCAUCCUGAUAAAAACAAGAGCGCUGGAGCAGAAGAAAAGUUUAAAGAGAUUGCUGAAGCGUAUGAAGUUCUGUCAGAUGCUAAAAAACGAGAAGUAUAUGAUAAAUUCGGAGAAGAAGGAUUGAAAGGUGGUGUACCGUCUGGUGGUGGUGGAGGAGCUGAAACUUAUACUUUCCAUGGUGAUCCACGGGCAACAUUCGCUCAGUUCUUCGGCUCAUCAUCACCAUUCGCGACUUUCUUCGAAUUUGGUGGACCAGGUGGCAACAGAACAUUUACAUUCAGCAAUGAAGAUAUAAAUAUGGAAGAUCCAUUUGAUUUGGGAAUUGGUCCUGCCCGACAAGGUCCAGGAGGAGCAUUCAGAUCACAUUCGUUCAAUUUCGCUGGUGCAGGUCCUCGUGGUUCAGGCCAAAAAGAACAUGCUCAAGAUCCACCGAUAGAACAUGAUCUCUUCGUUAGUCUUGAAGAUAUAGCCAGAGGUUGUACUAAGAAAAUGAAGAUUUCACGGCGAGUAAUUCAACCAGAUGGAACUACCAAAAAAGAAGACAAAGUGCUUACAAUUAAUGUCAAACCAGGCUGGAAAGCAGGAACUAAGAUCACAUUCCAAAAAGAAGGUGACCAAGGACGGGGCAAAGUACCUGCCGACAUUGUCUUCAUCAUCAGAGAUAAACCACAUCCAUUAUUCAGGAGAGACGGAAGUGAUAUUAAAUACUCGCAUAAGCUUAGCCUAAAACAAGCACUUUGUGGAACAAUAAUCGAUGUUCCGACACUUUUUGGUGAGAAAAUAACACUCAAUCUUACCGGAGAAAUCAUCAAACCCAACAUGGUGAAGAGAAUCCAAGGCCAAGGUUUACCACUUCCCAAAGAACCAUCACGAAAAGGAGAUUUAGUUGUAUCAUUUGACAUUAAAUUCCCGGAUAAAUUAUCACAAAGUGUCAAAGACAUUUUGUAUGAUACUUUACCUAACUGAACCCAUCAUGACGAAUCACAGUAGUGAGAUUGCUGAAUGAUAAUAUGUUAAAUCAAUUAGUUCAAUCAUUUUUAUUGAUACUAUUAAAAGGGUGUACGUUGUAGUACAUUGAAAAAGCUAUGAAUGCGUGGAAAACACGUAAAACAAAAUGGUUUAUUGACUGAA